AUGUUGACUGUAGUAGCCAGUCGUCUGCUGGUUGCCGCGCUGCGCAACAAAGUCCGUCGUCUGCUGUCGGAAACAGAUCUCAUGAAGAAGUGGAAACUACUCCAUGCUAGGACACCAGAAGAUAUGCCCCAGAGCGUCCUCGCUGACCUUGCAGGAAAGAUUCCCCUGGAAGAUAAAUGGCAGCAAGUGGGAACCAAUGAUGCGCCACUGAUGGCGUUUACCACGGAGUGGUCAAAGAGGUACUUCGACAACAAGGAGCUGUCUGAGGCAGCAUGCGGCUUGGGGACCAAGUCACGUUUCGUCUACACUCAAGAGCCUUCUGCGAGUGGGUUUCUUGUGGUCACGCGGUUCGAGCACCAGCCGGCGACGAGGAUGUGCGAGCGAAAGAGCAACCAGGAACAGCCCGAGUUGACGCGACUUCAGAAGCCUGCCGAGAUACCCGCAGACAAGGUUGCACCCACUCCUCCGAAGCCAAUCGCUCUCCCGCCGGAUAAACUGAAAAUCUUCGAGGCGUUUAAGCAGCAGCUUCGAUCUGGGAAGGAUGCAGUACCCGAGAAGGCUCUCGAGCAGCUCAAGCCGGUCCGCUUUGAAACAAAUCGAAAAAAUCCCAAGUGCCCAGAAAUCGAUUCAACUAUCAGUGACUGCCAGGCUGAAUGCAGCCUCGGAGCAUCAUACUCCUUCUCAGUCAGACAGAAUGGCGGCGACUGUGAAGUCAAGGCGGAGAAGCAAAAGUGCAUUGGACUGUCUGAAUGCAAGAAUUUAUCGCAGAAAUGGAAAAUGCUUCGACAGCAGCCGCCCGCGUCUAUGCCAGCUUCCCAUGUCGAGGAUUUGGCUCGCUUGCUCCCGAAUUCCAUUCCCAUGAGAGCCCGUAGGCGGCCAGGAAACCUAUGUGCAGUCUUCAACACACAGCUCUCAGGCCGGUAUGCUUUGGACGGAAGCCCUCUCUCUACGGACUGCGGAGAGGGCUACCGCCGAUACGCAGCGGGAGGCUUUUUGUCCGAUGGGAAGUGCUUCUUCUCAUUCGGAUUGGUCGAGGAGAGCUCCAUAUGCGCGGUAAAUGACGACGAAUUCGAUGACGGGAUGCUUCGAAAGCACAACGAAAUCCGAGGGAAAUAUGGUGUGCCGCUACUGAAGUUUGAUCCUCGACUUAAGAAAUUCGCCGAGUAUUGGGCAGACAGACUGAACGAGGAGCACGAAUGCGAGCUCUACCACUCAACACCAUCAAUACACCGAGCACUCGUCGAAGGCUUUGAGAACGUUGGCGAGAAUCUCGCGGUCCAGUGCGUCGGGGGUAAUCUUCGGUGGCAAAAAGUCGUGCAGGAUUGGUUCAGCGAAAUUCUGUGCUAUAGAUAUGGAAAGGUGGGGAACGCCUGUACUGCAGACAAACUUCCAAAGUGUGACAACAAAUUCCACGACGAGGGUGUCAUGGUCGGGCACAUGACUCAGAUGAUGGCGGAUCUGUCAACACACGUAGGCUGUGCUUAUCGAAUCUGUCAGUCGUCAUGCCGUACGGCCAGCAGCCCCACCAGGAAGUUCCUUAUUGUCUGCAAUUAUGGCCCAGCUGGCAAUAUCGUUGGGACCCACCCUUUCAGCAAGACUGUGGCGGAAAAAUUACAAAGACAGCUUCCAGGCGCGGCGCUCCUGCCAGAAGCUGAGGAAGACGACGCCAGCCAGAAGAAGUGCCAAGAACGGCAUCGGCAGUUCAAACGGCAGAAGCCAAAGGAAAAGCUGUGA